AUGCAAGUUAAUAAAAACACUGAUUGAUACCUUAAACACUUUAAGCAUCUGCAGGGUGAGCUGUAGUAUCAUCAUGACGUGCAAAGACUUGUUCCUGGACUAAUAGAAUUUGCGCGUGCCUUAGAGAACUAUAAAAAGGGGGGUUAUUUAUUCUUCAACCGCCCAUCAAGCAUCAAAAAUAUCGUAAAAUCACACCUCCCUUUUCAUCCAUCCCUUUAACUCUCGUUCAACACACUCCUGGCCUGUAUAUUUCUUGGAACACCAUGUGUAGCACUAUUGAAUUCGUCGCCUUUGACGCCCUUAUUGUCGUCGGAGUCAUCCUCCUCAUUGUCUGGAUCCUCGCUCUUUGUGGUAUCUUUACCAUUGGCACUGGUCCAUUGGAGCACCUGUUCAUCGUCUUAGCCAUCAUCUUUAUUAUCGCUUGGCUCUUCACACGCUUCUACUACGGUGGUCGUCGCUGGGGAUAUGGCCGUCGAACAAUUGUUUAAAUUCUUUAUCACCAUACCCAUCAGGAAUU